AUGUGAAGAGAAAGGAGACCGUAGCCUCAUACCCAGCUGUAUCUUUAGAUGAUACGGAGAAGCUCCUUCCAAAGAUAUUCACAGAAUCUUCCUUCCAAAGAGUGUCAGUGGAUCCAUAUAAACCUAGUGCUGUUGAGAAUGGACCCUUAGUGAUGGACUGGAACAGGGAUGGGGAGAGUGAAGGGCAUCAAAGAUGUCUGGGGACUCCUUUUCCAGAGAACAAUUAUGAAUGUAAUAAAUACAGGGAGGUCUUUGGUCAGAGUGCCAACCUUAUUACACAUAAGAGUAUGCAUUUGGGAGAGAAUCCUUAUAAAUAUAAUGAAUGUGGGAAAAUAGUUAACCAGUCAUUUAAUGUUGGUGAUCAAGAGAGGAUUCAUGUGGGAAAUCACCCAUACACGUGCAGUGAACCUGGGAACAAGCUUAGUCAGUCGUCAAGACUACAUAUAAACAAGACAAUCCAUACUGGGCAGAAAGGUUACAUUUGCAAGGAGUGUGGCAAUGUCUUCAACGGGCACUCAGCACUUAUUCAACAUCAGAAGGUGCACACUGGAGAGAAUGCUUACCAAUGUGUAGAAGGUGAUAAAACUUUUAAUUAUGGCUCAUCAGUAAAUGGACAUAGACUAAUUCAUAAUAGAGAGAAACCUUACACACAUAAAAAAUGUGGAAUGGCCUUUACCCAACACUUUCCUCUUACCAAACAUCACCGAAUCCAUACUGGAGAGAAACCUUACAAAUGUAAUGAAUGUGGCAAGACCUUUAGCAGGCCCUCAGAGCUCACUAGGCAUCACAGAAUUCAUACUGGAGAGAAACCUUACCGAUGUCAAGAAUGUGGUAAGGCCUUUACCCAAUCCUCCGUCCUUACCAAACAUCACCUGAUCCAUACCAGAGAGAAACCUUACCAAUGUAAAGAAUGUGGCAAGGCCUUUGCACAAAUCUCAAGCCUUACCAACCAUCACAGAAUCCAUACUGGAGAGAAACCUUACCAAUGUCAAGAAUGUGGGAAAGCCUUUACCCAUUCCUCAGACGUUAUCAAACAUCACCGAAUCCAUACUGGAGAGAAACCUUAUCAAUGUAAUAAAUGUAGCAGGGCCUUUAACCAGCCCUCAGAGCUUACUAGACAUCACAGAAGCCAUACUGGAGAGAAACCUUACCAAUGUCAAGAAUGUGGCAAGGCCUUUACCCAUUCCUCAAACCUUACCAAACAUCACAGAACCCAUACUGGAGAGAAACCUUACCAAUGUAACGAAUGUGGCAAGGCCUUUACCCAGCUCUCAAACCUUAACAUCCAUCACAGAAUCCAUACUGGAGAGAAACCUUACCAAUGUAAAGAAUGUGGCAAAGCCUUUACUCGCCUCUCGGGCCUUACCGACCAUCACAGGAUCCAUACUGGAGAGAAACCUUACCAAUGUAAAGAAUGUGGCAAGGCCUUUACACACAUCUCAGGCCUUACCAACCACCACAGAAUCCAUACUGGAGAGAAUCCUUAG